UAUAGAAAUUAUUUAUAUCCAUGUCUAAUUAAACACGAACGUGGGUUGAUUCAGUUACAGAUUCUGUUUCGGAUGUUACUGGAUCUAUCAAAACUAAUGUCAAGUAGCCAAUUUGUGAUGCCAUAAAUCAAAUACCUUAUUAAGAAUGGAAGCAAACAUAUUUCUUACCAUUAAGCAAAGAAUAUGAUAAAUGGCCAUCAAGCUUUACUUAAUUCAAAUAGAAUUAUAUAUUAAUUUAAGCUAAUGAAAAUAUAAGGCUCAUUUGCCUUGGAUUAAGCACAUUAGCUGUAGUAUCCAUUACAAAGAGAUGUAAUUUAAGCGUUAAAUAUUUUAGUUUCCCCUGGGAUAUCCCCUCUUAUAAGAAAUUCAGUUAUGACCUAUUUUGGUUUAGGAUUAGUAAUAGCCCCAGAAAUUUAUAAUCCCUUGCUAGUCAAGAAAAAUGAUAAUAAAUGAAUUAUCUAAAUAAAUAAAAUAAAAC